AUGCUAAGCAAUGCUUUGAAGUCAAGGACCCAGAUUGAAAAAUUCAUUCACUAUGAGACAGAUUUCUCUCCCUUCUCACAGAAAGAUUGGACUCGACUCUCCCAAAUUCACAUUAUUCUCUCAAAGUUUAAUGAGUUUACCUUGUUUGUCUCUGAGCGAAAGCCACAGAUUAGUCUCACAGUUCUGAUAUACUAUGAGCUCUAUAAUUUGCUGCAUGAUGCUGCUGAGCGCAAAGAAGAUUUUGCAGAUAUUGAUGAGGAUAUCGCAAGUGCUGUCAGAGAGAGUAUCAAUAAGUACAUGAAGUACUAUACUUUCAUGGAUAUCUCCAACACAUAUUAUACUGCCUUGAUCCUAGAUCCUCGUGUAAAGGCAGAUCUCCUCCUAUAUGAAUUGGACGACGAGGACACUGGCAGGAAGAUUCUCAAAGUCCUCCGUGACAACCUUCAUGAAAAAUAUCCUGAGACUACAGAUCAGCGUACUAUGGCGGAGCCCCCAGAGCACACCCAUAAAAAGCAGAAAGCUGGCAGCUGGAUGUUGCGAAGGCUACAGCCUCAGGACAAGCCUCCAUCUUCUGAUAUUAAUAGAUAUUUCGACGAUAUCCGGGUUAAUGCCAUUGACAUGGAAGAUCUGAAUUGGCUAUUCGAAUGA